UUCUUAGAACUGGUCGUACUCAAAUGAUUCUAGUGCCCUACUGUUUUUGACUUGUAUCAAGUUCAAACCAUGGGAAACGGGGACAAGGCUAACCAAUGUGAAAGUUCGAUAAUAGCAGUGGCUGGUAAUGAAGUCCCAGUGUCUGCUGCAGAGGAUGAUGUGAAGGAACGGUGUUGGCAUCAGAGAGAAGCCCUGCCAGGGGAACCUAGAUGUGUUGUAUGUGGCCGCUACGGGGAAUAUGUUUGUGAUGAGACUGAGGAUGACAUUUGCAGCCUGGAAUGUAAGAAAAUUCUCCUAUGUAGGAUUGCCAAGUCAGUGUCACUGGUUGAUCGCCCACCACCUAUGAGAUUACCCACAACUGAUGAGUGUUUUUAUGUCAGAGAUGCAAAUGAUAAUUCAGAAACUCGAUCUUUAACUAAUGACCAGACUGAAUCACUCAGGAGAAAACUAGAAAUCUCUGUGAGGGGUGGCUCUGUUCCGGCACCCGUCUUGUCUUUCACUUCUUGCAGUCUUCCUCAGAAGCUCCUCCAAAACAUAGAAGCUGCUGGAUAUGAGAUGCCGACACCGGUCCAAAUGCAAGCAAUCCCAGCUGCUUUGAUUGGCCAAAGCCUGCUCGUUUCAGCUGAGACUGGUUCAGGAAAAACCUGUUCCUUUUUGGUUCCUAUAGUUUCAUACUGUGCAAAGAUUCACUGUGGGCAGUUACCAACUGAGAAAAAACCAUUAGCAAUGAUACUUUCUCCAACUAGAGAGCUCUGCAUACAGGUAGAGGAGCAAGCCAAGUUGCUUGGAAAGGGUUUACCCUUUAAAACUGCACUAGUUGUUGGUGGUGAUGCUAUGGCUGGACAAAUCCACCGCAUCCAGCAGGGAGUGUCAUUGAUUGUUGGAACUCCAGGAAGGCUGAUUGAUCUUUUAAUCAAGUAUGAUAUAGAAUUAGAUGCAAUAUCAAUUCUUGUUCUUGAUGAAGUGGACUGCAUGCUUCAAAGGGGAUUCCACGAGCAAGUAAUGCAGAUAUUUAGGGCUUUAUCUCAACCCCAAGUCUUGAUGUAUUCUGCAACAAUUCCAAAGGUAGUUGAGAAGCUGGCAAGCUCAAUGGCGAAAGAUAUAACUGUUGUUUCCAUUGGGAAGCCAAACAAACCUAAUGUGGCUGUGAAGCAGCUGCCAAUUUGGGUGGAGUCAAAGCAAAAAAAGAAAAAGCUUUUUGACAUAUUGAUGAGCAAGCAGCAUUUUAGGCCACCACUUGUAGUAUUUGUGGGUUCAAGACUUGGUGCAGAUCUCCUCUCCGAAGCAGUAACAGUCACCACUGGGGUGAAAGCUCUAUCGAUCCAUGGAGAGAAGCCCAUGAAGGAGAGAAGAGAAAUUUUAAGGUCAUUUUUGGUUGGAGAAGUUCCCGUGGUUGUGGCUACAGGAGUAUUGGGCAGAGGAGUUGAUCUUCUAGGGGUGAGACAGGUUAUUGUGUUUGACAUGCCAAAUUCCAUUAAGGAGUAUAUACAUCAGAUUGGAAGGGCCUCUAGAUUGGGAGAGGAGGGUACAGCCAUUGUCUUUGUCAAUGAGGAGAACAAGAAAAUGUUUCCUGAGUUGGUUGAAACCCUGAAAUCAUCUGGGGCUGCUAUUCCUCGGGAGCUUGUUAAUUCAAGGUACACGGUAGUUUCCUCCUCCAUUGGGAGGGGCCAAAGGAAAAGGAAGCAUGGAUAAUGAAAUGUUGUAAGCUAUUCUAUUCUGUGGCCCAAAUCCUGAUUCAGGGGAAAAAAAGGAAGCAUUUGGUUUUGGCUAAAAUUAAUUUCAACCUUUAUGUUACCCUUUAAGGUGUUUUAAUCUUUACUGCUCUCUAUUGCCUAUAAUUUAUUGCCACUGGUAUGCUGCAACUGUUACCUGAAUGGGUUGCCUCACAUUGAACAGGUCCUUCAUGGUGGCCAGUUACUGCCACCUUUAGCUGGCCCAACUUUUCUGAUAUUUGUGCUCGUCUUCAGAAUCAUUUACUUUUGGAUCUGGUGGUGACUGCCUUGAAGAGAUUGUAGCAGAGGUGGUUUACAUCAAGCAGUUUUCUCAGGAUGUGGUGGCAAGGAUGACAUAAUUUGAUCCAUGAACAGUAUAUUCGGCUCUAAAAGGACUGCAGUAUAUGAAUAGUGUUCUCUGCAGUUUCUGCCAUGGAGUGGUGUAAAUGAGAGCAGAAAAAAAGGAGAGAAAAAGUCUGGACUAUCUGCUUCGGCCAUACGACUGAUUGGACCAAAUAGAUGAGGGGAUAUUAGAGAGUGAGGACGUGCGAUGGCCGAAUUUAACGUGUUCUGCUUAGUUCCAGUAAAGUAUAGCUAUUUGCAAACUCUGGAAGUGUAAACACGACACAGCUGAUUUUGAGUGGGAAGAAGAUUGGCUGAUCAGAUUAUGUCAAAAUUGAGGUUGAAAACUACAAAUCUUGGGCAUCUCAGAAGAGCAAGUUGUCAUAAUGGGUAUGUUCAAUCUGGAUAAUUAGAUCUAAAAUUCUUUAGUUCCUGUGCGGAUUUUGUUAUAGUGGUGCUGAGGUAUAGCACUUGGUAGUUUAUGUGUCUAGUUUAGCACCUGUGCCUAUUCCAUAGUAUAGGGGAUAAGCAAGGUUGUAUCGUGACGCCAGUGUUUGACUCUCUGAAUCUACGCAGAUUUUCUAGAAUUUUAUUUUACCCGAAUUAUUGUAAUUUAUGACUUUAUUUCUUGGUUACAUUAAUUUCUAACUUAUUUCUCAAG